AUGACUCGUUCAUUUGUUUGGGUUGAUUUCAAUCUCGAAAAUGGAACUGAGCUCAGAGAUAUAGAGCCGGGCUUACAUGCAAUGUCGUUCAGCUGUAGCACCCUUUCGGUGCCUAACUGCCAUGCUACCCUAAGGAAGCACGAGUGCUGGGAUACUGCCAGGUUGCCUAAGCCUAGACAGGGAAAGUCGACAGGCAGAGGUUGGGUUCGAGCCAAGGGCCUUCCGGUCAGUAAAUUCGCAACCCAACCCUUUGACCUUGAAGAUGCCAGGAGUUUCGCUAGCACCAUAAAAACACAGCGUUUUCUGGGGGAUAUUGAUAUCCCCAACAUUAACGCCCAACACGGAGUCAGGAACACAUCUACAGCGCUUCAUAUAUGUAGCGUAGGCGGCAGUAACUUUCUGGAAGUUUUGACGCGUUCUGGAUGCUCCAUUGGCAACCGACAUUCGGCCAAUACUGGAUCUCGGCCUGAUGCCGGACCGACAAGCGUCCCGAAUUUUCGGCCAGUCUUGCGUGGGAUGAACUUCUCGGCCGUAGCAGCACCUGAGUGUGAGCGGUCAAGAGGGAUCCGUGCGGAUUUCCGCCCCACAGUACUGUAUUCAGUAAUUUUGUGCCUUAGCCACUUCAACAUUUCAACAAAUGAUACAAAGCGACUUCACAAACUCCGCAAUAGAUCUCACUUUUCAAGAGACGCAAAGCGGAGUUACGAGAAAACAUACUACUCGCGUGCCUCCCCCAUCAGUAGUGUCACCGUUACAUUGGUAGUUCGGGUGGCCGUUGAUCGAUUCGCCGCGCUUGAUCAUUAG